AUGACAACAGCCACAUAUAUUUCGGAACGGCGGAUCCAAGAUCCAACAAUCACAUUGAUUUGGGCGGGAGGGUCUAAUCCUUGCAGCAGCUGGUACUUGGGAUCUUGUAUUAAACGCUUCGAUCAAGAAUACAUGGUGCACCAGUACGAUAAUUUUGGACGGUGCUGUCAUUUAGAAGUAAAUUAUAAAACACUAAAAGCUGUGGUAUUAUAUGAACCUCAACAUAUACAAUUUCCUCAUAAAAUAGAUCUAGACCUUCUUGAUUAA